UCAACAUGAUAGGGGCACCCUUUGUUCCUUCUUUCGCUGCUCUCGUUUUCUUCUUCUUCAACUUUCAAUUAGCCCAUGUCGCCCCCCAGGGAGAAGUCUGCAACUCUUCUCCCGCUUGCGGUGAUGUUCUCAACAUCCAGUACCCUUUUCACUUGCAAUCUGAUCCCAACAACAAUUGUACUAAAUUCCCUGAAUUCCAACUCAACUGCGAAAACAAUCAAACUCUCUUGAAUCUGCAAUUCUUGAAAUCCGAGAACUAUUAUCCGUGGUCUUCAGUCUACACAAGAAUAUACUUAGUGGAUGAAAUCUUAUACCACAAGAAUCUUAUCCGAAUUGUCGAUCCUGGUUUACAGAGAGGGAAUUGCUCUUCUUCGCCUCUCUUUUCUAACUUCUCUGAUAAGCUUUAUUCUUCAGCCUACACGUUGGAAUCAAUAGGGAAUGGCAUCAUAUUCGUGGGUUGUUCGUCACCUGUCAAGAACGACACAGAUUACAUAUCUACCUCUCCUUGCCUCAAUGGAAGUUCCUCAGUGCCAUAUUCGUAUGUCCUUCUUGAGAAGACAGUCUCUGACCUCCACCGAAACUGCAACGUUGUACGUAGCUCUCCCAGAUCAGCAAAGGGAAUUCUGAACCACACAUACCCAGAAGUUCACCAGGCUUUACUGUCCGGUUUUUACCUUCGUUGGGGAGAUCCUUAUGUUAAGGAAUGUCCCCGACCAUUCCACUCUUCUCACUGUUUCUUAAAGCUCCUUGCAGAUGUAUUUCGUCAGGUACUUGGUAAGAGCUUUAGAGAUCCUUUCUCCAAGUUUUCCUUGUCACUUCUAGGGUUCAUUUCAAAUUGUCCCUAA